AGUCUUUCAUUGCAUGACACUUUUUCAUCACUCAAGUCAAUAACCGUCACCGAUAACUUAGUUUCACUCCCACUCACCGCGUUGCCGGCGGUGAGGGCUAACGUCAAUGUCAUCAAUCACUAAAACCAUCGCCGGCGGUUGUUUCCACCAACAGAGCAUCAAUGGUGCCACCGCCGACCACCUCAGCAACCAUUCCCCGGAGCUCAAAUUCAAUGACACCAAAACGACGUCGUCAGAGUUGCAAUUCUUUGUUCGCAUGAUGUGGAAAUGUAACACCAUAGUCAUUCACGCUUCAAGAGAAGACACAGUGGAAUCUAUUCUCCAACAAAUUUCAUCCAAAACCAAAAUUCCUAUUGAAUAUCAACGAUUGAUCUACAAUGGAAAACAGCUUCAGCAACAACAGAGUCUCAGCCAAUGCGGCAUCGAAAACGACGCCAAUCUUCAAUUGGUUGGUCAAUUGAGGAGUAUAGGGCGUUCUGUAGUGUGGAAUUCUGCAGAUGAUAUUGUUUCAAUGAUUCUCAACCUCUGUAGAGGCGAAUCGCUGAAUGGUGCCUCCAUGAUUAUUCAUAAUCACUUUGCAAAGUAUAUGAAUAAUUUUGAAUAUUUUUAUUUUUUCAAGUUAAUGAAAAUUCCUUCUCUGUUGGUAGCACUUUAUAUGUCCCCGUUUGCAUGUAACAAGAAUAUUGCUGAUUUCUCUAUUGAAAGUUUCAUCGAAAUUUGUUUAGAUUUGAAGUGCAAAAAGUUGCAGGGUUUCUACCUUGAAAUUUUGUUGGAUUUUUGUGAAUUGCUUAGAGGGGUAGGUUUUACGUGUGAUGAGCCUUUGUAUGUUUCUUGUCGGGAUGGUUUUGGAAAUUUGUUGACACUCGUUGGUGGUGUCCCCAUUAACAAUCCUAAUAUGAAGGUUUUGCUUCGGGGUGUUGUUGACUGUGUUCACGAGAUCGCAGACGAGUUGUUGAUGUAUUUGGAUUUGAGUAUGAAUUGGGACACUGCCAAGGGGAUUUCGUACAAAGUUGUUUUGGAUUUUGUUAAAUUCUGUGGCCCUUUGAGGAUGGGAUUUGCCGAGGAGCAAGCAACAUCCGAUGAAUCUUUGAAUUAUGAUAUUUGCUAUGAGGAGGAUCCCUUGUUUUCAGGAGUACCUGAUCAACUUCAUAUUGUAUUUAUUAAGUUAUUGAGCAAAAUGGACGAGUGCCUUCAAGUCAUGGAAGAUUGCUUGGUUAACAAGGAACAAGGAAAAGGGGAUGUUAUCCAUAAUGGGUGGUCCCAUUAUCUUAUUAUUCUUAAGGAAUUGUUUCACAUCUCCAAGUUCUAUAGCGGUGCACAAGAAAAGUUUUGGGGACUUUUAUUGCAUCGAAAAAAUGUGCUACCUCAUAUGAUUGUUCGGUACGUGAAGAAAACCGAUGAUCAUCAAUGGCUUCUUGAGAACAAAAUUGUGACCGAUUUUGAAUCCAGGAGGCAUUUGGCGUUGAUGCUAUUCCCUGACUCAAAAGAUGAAAUAUCGGGAUAUGAGAUGCUUAUUGACAGGUCUCAGGUUUUGGCUGAAUCUUUUGAGUACAUGUCUCGAGCUAAGGCUAAAUCUCUGCAGGGUGGAAUAUUUAUGGCAUUCAAGAAUGAGAAAGCUACAGGACCGGGUGUACUGAGGGAGUGGUUUGUUUUGGUGUGUCGGGAAAUAUUUAAUCCAAAAAAUGCUCUGUUUGUGGCAUGUCCAAAUGACCACAGGAGGUUUUUUCCUAAUGCUGCAUCUAAGGUAAAUUCUCUGCACCUAAAGUACUUCAUCGUCUCUGGACGUAUUAUUGCAUUAGCUUUGAAGAAGAAGGUGCACGUGGGUAUUGUUUUUGAUCGUGUGUUUUUCAAGCAAUUGGCUGGAAACUAUAUUAUUACUUUAGAAGAUAUUCGGGAUGCCGAUCCUAUAAUGUAUAGUAGCUGCAAGCAAAUAUUGGAGAUGGAUGCUGAUUAUAUUGAUUCAGAUGCAUUAGGACUGACAUUUUCUACAGAGGUAGAAGAAUUAGGACACAGGGAAUUGAUUGAGCUCUGCCCUGGGGGAGAAAGCCUUGUUGUGGAUAGUAAGAACAGGGAGAAGUAUGUUCAUCUUCUCAUACAGAAUCGUUUUGUGACAUCCAUAUCUAAGCAGGUAUCACAUUUUGCCGAAGGUUUUGCUGAUAUUUUAUCUUGCUCAAGGCUCGAGUUCUUUCAAUUUUUAGACCUUGAAGAUUUUGAUUUGAUGCUGCAUGGCAGUGAGAAUGCCAUUUCUGUUGAAGAUUGGAAGGUACAUACCAAGUAUCAUGGCUAUAAAGAGAAUGAUCAUCAGAUAUCUUGGUUUUGGAAGAUCGUCGGGAGAAUGUCAGCAGAGCAAAAGAAAGUUCUUCUGUUCUUUUGGACAUCUGUGAAACAUUUACCAGUUGAAGGUUUCCGUGGCUUGAGUUCCACUCUAUUAAUUUCCAAAUCCAGCAAACCUGAUAAUCACUUGCCCUCAUCUCACACAUGCUUUUACAAGCUGUGCUUUCCUCCAUAUUCUUCUAUGGCUAUCAUGCAAGAUCGCCUUGGAAUCAUCACUCAAGAGCACAUAAGCUGCAGUUUCGGUACUGCAUAACGGUGAAUAGAAUACACCUGUAAUUUGGUUAGAAGUGGUUUUGAAUCUUUUAAUUGCACAUAGAAAUACCGGUAGUCACCUUUGUACAUUUGGAUAGGAUUGUUCCAUUUUUUUUUGUCAAUAUGAUAAUAUGUGAAGGCUUUCUAGUUUUGUUUCUCAAAUCGAUUCUGGGUGGCAAUGCCGUUAAUCUUA